AUGAGAGCUGAAUCAAAGACAGAGUGUCCGUCAAGCGAGGGGUCGCCACAAAAACAGGAUCCACUCGAGAGACGAAGAUUGCAAAAUCGUCUAUCGCAGAGAAAUCACCAUCAUUUGAAGCUGACCGAUCCAGGCCGCAAGAUCCGAGACCGUAUCGCCAAGUUACAAGAACGGGUCAUUGCGAAUGAACUACGAGCAGCAGCAGCACUACGUGGCUGGGAUCAGACAUAUCCCCCACUGAUAUCCACACGCCAGAUCCAAUCUCUCUACCAGGAACCCGAACUCGAACUGAGCUUUGGUUCUGAGAAUUCACCACAGAACACCGAGCCAUCAACGCCGUUCUUCACGCCAUAUGGAUUCUCGCCAUUUCAAAUGGAUAUGGAUCUUUCUCAAUGCGGGGAAUUAUCAGAAGAUCCAUCUCAAUUCCCCGAAUCGGUUGUUAUGACAUGGAAACUCUCCAUGAUCCUUGGAAUCGAACUAUGA